AAAUCCAAGUCAAGGGGCCUGUUUGAAACCUCUGUUCAUUCCCCUCGAACAAACCUCCAUAUUCAUCCAAUCAAAUCAAAUCAAACUUCAAACUGUAGUUUGUUUCGAUAUGGGUCUUAUUGAGACUCUAAACUCUCUUGAUUUUGAACAUGAAUCGUUCCCAAUAUAUGGGGAUUUUGUUGCUCUUCCUAUGUUUGCUGUCUUCUUCCCAACUGUCCGCUUUUUCCUCGACAGAUUUGUUUUUGAGCGUGUAGGUAGAUGGUUAAUAUUCGAUAAGGGGCAGCAGAAGCUAGAUGUCGAGACAGACGACAGAAUUAAGAAGAUAAGAAAAUUCAAAGAAUCAGCUUGGAAAUGCAUCUAUUAUCUUUCAGCAGAAAUUCUAGCGCUGGCCGUAACUUAUAACGAACCAUGGUUCACUAACACAAACAGUUUUUGGUUAGGCCCCGGUGACCAGAAAUGGCCUGACCAAAAAAUGAAGUUAAAAUUGAAAGGUCUGUACAUGUAUACGGGUGGAUUCUACACGUAUUCCAUCUUCGCUUUGAUUUUCUGGGAAACAAGAAGAUCUGAUUUUGGCGUGUCGAUGGGGCAUCAUGUUGCAACGGCAAUUCUCAUUGCAAUGUCGUAUAUAUGCAGGUUUGCUCGUGCUGGUUCGAUAAUUUUAGCCCUUCACGAUGCAAGCGACGUGUUUCUUGAAGUAGGCAAGAUGUCUAAAUACAGCGGUGCAGAAGGACUUGCAAGCUUCUCGUUUAUUAUAUUUGUGAUAUCUUGGGUCGUGCUUCGCCUUAUUUAUUACCCGUUUUGGAUAUUGUGGAGUACAAGUUAUGAGGUAGUUGUGAGUUUGGAUAAGGAGAAGCAUAUUAAGGAGGGCCCACUAUACUACUAUGUGUUCAACACUCUUCUUUACUGCCUGCUUGUUCUUCACAUAUACUGGUGGGUGCUUAUGUACCGCAUGCUUGUUAAACAGAUUCAAGAUAGAGGCAAACUCAGCGACGAUGUUCGUUCUGAUUCAGACAGUGAUAAAGAACAUGAAGAUUGAUCAUUUGAUCUCUCAUUCCCGUAGGGAGAUGUUUUUCAGAUCAAACUGUGUAGUGUUUUGUUAUUGGACAGACUUGUAUAGAUAAAGGGUCAAAAUUGAUAUACAAAGUCAACUGUUGUCAUGUUACAUGCUGGUUCAGACAAUUGGUGAUGUGUUUUCAGUUUGUUGAUAGUUUUUUCUUGUAUUCACCGGAUUCUUAUCGUCGUCAAGGAACCUUGGUGGUUUUGGUGAAUCAACUUCAUUCAUUUACCGUUGCAUUUUCGGUUUUGUAGAUGUUGUAAUGUAAUUGAUAAAGCUUUUAUCUUUUGUUCUUC